AUGGUUUUGCAGUUUAAGGCUUCUAACUCCAAAAAGGGCAGCGAGGAAGGUGCGGCUUCCGCCAUGAACUCGUCUGCUGGCAAACGCACAUCGGCCACGAAGGAUUCGAAGGUUGCGCCUCUGCCCAAGGUGUUGAAGCAGGUCAAGCCCACGAAGCCUCGCGACCACCUGUUUUCCCCUGCCCCCAAGAGCUUCCACAUUGGCGGUGCCAUUCGCCCCCGUGUGAAUCUUUCACGUUACGUGAAAUGGCCGAAGUACGUGCGCAUCCAGCGUCAGCGCCGCGUGCUUCUGCAGCGCCUUAAGAUACCUCCGGCCAUUAAUCAGUUCAGCUACACGAUUGACAAGAGCCAGGCUCACCAAUUACUGAAGCUGCUGAACAAGUACAAGCCCGAGACCCGCAAGGAGAAGGCCGCCCGUCUGUUGGCCGACGCCAACGCCAUUGCUCAGGGCCAGGAGGCCGUCUCUAAGAAGCCGUACAUGUUGAAGAGCGGUUUGAGCCAUGUGACAAACUUGGUCGAAUACAAGAAGGCCAAGUUGGUGGUUAUCGCGCACGACGUUGACCCCCUUGAGUUGGUGCUGUGGCUGCCGACUCUUUGCCGCAAGAAGGAGGUUCCUUACUGCAUCAUCAAGGGCAAGAGUAGGCUCGGAAAGCUUGUACACAAGAGGACUGCCGCUGUGGUUGCGAUUGACAACAUUCGCAAGGAGGACCAGGCGGAGUUUGAGGCCAUGGUGAAGACGUUCACGGCGAUGUUCAAUGACAACGUUGAGUUGCGUCGCCGUUGGGGUGGCCACGUAAUGGGUGUCAAAUCGCAGCACAGGCAGGUGAAGAAGGAGGCGCUGCUUGCGAUGGAGAACGCGAAGAAGUUGGGCCUCGCCUUCGGAUAA